AUGCAAAUACCGGGUCUCAUGAGACUUGAACACCAUCUCAAUGGAGCUAGUCGCAUUGUGGUAUUCUUGGUAAUUUUCACCGCCUUGAAAACCGUUCUUGGCACGAUUAUAGACGUUGAGACGACGGACGAUGUUCACAGCAUUCUUGGCUCCAGUAAAAUACCGAUUUUGGUCAUGCUGUAUAUGCACGGGUGCCGUUACUGCGAAGAACUGGAGCCCAAUUUUUCUUAUAUGGAAACCCUGUUCCACGACAAUCUAGCGUUGGUGAAAGUGGAUGGUAAAAGGGCUACCGGAUUUGCCCGUGAAAUGGGUGUACGCAGUUUCCCGGAACUAAUACUUUUUGACGCUGCUGGCGACCUCCAGGACUCCAAAAGAAGCUCGUAUUCCGGAAAGUUCCAUGGAAAGCGAGAUCUGGUCUCGCUGGCAUCAUUUGUGGGACGCUACACUGGUCUUUUGCCAAAAUGGCGAGAAUCCAAUAUCCGUAAUGUGGACGACUUAUCGGAGUCGCUAGAUCUAAACACCCGUGUGACCUUGCUGGUGUUUGUGUCGCCGUGGAUGGAUUCGGGGCUAAUUGAGCUGUUUGCAGGCGAACAGUCCACUAGCGUUCUGGACAAAUUAGAUCACACAACCAGGAAUAUCCAAAUAUUUCGAAUCGAUGCCGCUAGCGAAUCCACAGCCACAUGGACGCAUCGGUUCCAAGUUCGGCUCACCCCCACGCUGAUUUUCCUCAUUCCCAAACCUUCUGCCCAAGAUGUCUUUACAGAAAUAAGAAUUGAAUGGCGUAGAGGAUGCGUCGUUUUAAACAGCCAAGCCAACGAAAUUCUGACCCAAAUUAUUGACAAAUGCGGUGCCCCAGAUGCCGUCGACUCUCACAAAUGUCGUGACUAUCUCGAAACGCUGCCCAAUGUCAGCAUUCAUGAGACAAGCUUAAUGUCAGGGCCCGCCAAUAUAUGGGGAGACCCUAACUAUACGGGAUUUGACCCUAAUUUGACCGGUGAAAUUUUUAUCGACAACAUAACGGCACAGGAACAAGACGUUGAAGACCAAACUGACUAUUAUAAUCUAGAAGACGACGAUAGUUCCAUUUUCGAUAUCUUACGGGAACUAUGA